AUGGUUGCAAAUAUGAUAAAAUUAGUUGGUAUGAUUGUAUCAUUAGAGAAAUUUAUGUACGAAAGAUUAAAAGAUAGAAUAGUAGAAAGUAAAGUUAAUGGCAAUGCCCAACCUUGGUUAGAUUCUAAAUAUCCUCUUGAUAAAAGAAGUGAAGUGGAAGAACUAGAUCUUAGCAGUUUAGGAUUACAAGGAGAAUUAAACUUAGAAGGAUUUACUAAUUUAAAGAGUUUAGAUUGUAGUGAUAAUGAACUAACUGAUUUGGAUUUGUAUGAGUGUAAGAAAUUGGAAUAUUUGGAUUGUUCAAAUAAUUAUCAAAAUGAAGAGGGAAUUGAUUUUUUAGAUGUUAGUGCAUGUAAGGAAUUAAAAGAAUUACAUGCUAAUCAUUGUAGUUUAAAUUUGACUAAUAAUAAAAAAUUAAAGCACAUUUACUGCUAUGAAAAUCAGAUUGAAGAACUAGAAGUAAAGCAUUUAACAGAAUUAGAGAACUCAUUUUGUUAUCAUAACAAUUUGAGAAAAUUGGAUUGCAGUGGACUAAAAAACUUAAAAGAUUUAUAUUGUGCUAAUGCUUCCAUUGAUUUUGACAAUUUACUAAAAACAUUGAAUGUUGAUGGUUGUGAAGCACUAGAGAAUUUGGAUUGUGCAGAAAAUAAUGGUCUGAAUGAAUUAAAUCUUAUUAAUUUACCUAAACUCAGUUUUGUUUCUAUUAAAGAAUAUGGUCUUAAUCAACUUGAAAUCAAAAAUUGUCCUAGUUUGGAGCUGAAAGCAAAACAAGAAGAAAAGGAUUUUAACAAUUUAGCCAGUGUUAAAGAAAAAAUUAGAACUCUUUGUUUUAUUCAACAAGGCUAUACUGGUAAAGUAGUAAUAGAGAACUUUCCUGAUUUAACUCAGUUGAAUUUAGGUAAUAAUGAAUUAGAAGAGAUCAUUAUUCACAAUUGCCCUGAUUUAAAAUUAGUUCAAGUAGCUCACAAUAAACUUACUAAGUUAAAGAUAGAGAACUGUCCAAAUGUUCAAGAAAACUAUACUCAUAAUAACCAAUUAACUAAGCUGAAAGCAAAACAAGAAGAAAAGGAUUUUAACAAUUUAGCCAGUGUUAAAGAAAAAAUUAGAACUCUUUGUUUUAUUCAACAAGGCUAUACUGGUAAAGUAGUAAUAGAGAACUUUCCUGAUUUAACUCAGUUGAAUUUAGGUAAUAAUGAAUUAGAAGAGAUCAUUAUUCACAAUUGCCCUGAUUUAAAAUUAGUUCAAGUAGCUCACAAUAAACUUACUAAGUUAAAGAUAGAGAACUGUCCAAAUGUUCAAGAAAACUAUACUCAUAAUAACCAAUUAACUAAAAAUGAAGUGGAAAAACUAGAUCUUAGCAGUUUAGGAUUACAAGGAGAAUUAAACUUGGAAGGAUUUACUAAUUUAAAGAGUUUAGAUUGUAGUGAUAAUGAACUAACCAAUUUGGAUAAGUGUGAGAAAUUGGAAUAUUUAGAUUAUUUCACUGGUCUAAGUAAUUUACAUACUUUAAUGAUAACAUCUAAUGAACUAGAAGAAGUUGAUUUAAGUGACUUAACUAGUUUAAAAAGUUUAAAUUGUGGUUUGAAUAAUAUAGAUGCUUUAGAUUUAAGUAAUAACUUAGAAAUAGAAAUUGGUUGUGAAAAUUUGGUAACACUAGAUUAUGCUGAGAACAGUUUAACAGAAUUAGAUAUUAGCAACUUAAAAAACUUAGAUGUUGGAAUAGAUAAAAAAGAAGUUCCAGAGUUUGAACAAUUCUUACAAGAAAAAAGAGAUAAACCAAUCAAAGAAAUCUUGGCUAAUCCCAAUAAUUACUCUCUUGAAGAUAUUCUCAAAUUAGAAGAGAAAGAGUUAAAAGAAAAGUUAGUUGAACUAGCAACUAAAAAACAUGAAGAAAUAAGAUUACAAAAAGAAAGGGAGUUCAUGGAUAAAUUAAGAAAGAGAAAAAGAUAG